AUGUCUCCCGGAGUGCCCCAUAGCAGCAACGAGUCACGGUUAACAAUUGGACCAAAGACCAUGAAAGAUCUUCUCGAACAUUUUCCAGUAUCUAGAGGGGCGCGGUCGGAUCCCCAACUUGUAUGGACUUUCAACGAUGAUCAAGUCUCUCUCAGAAGUAUGGAAUCAGCUGUUGAUAGUCGUGGACGUGGCCAACUUUCUACGGAAAUUUCUAUAACCACCGAAGAAUUCGAUACGUACGAUCUUUACGAAGAGCCAACGACUAUAUCUUUCCACCUUCGCGAAUUCACUGCAACCAUAGCGUUCGCUGAUUCCAUGUCUUUUCCUAUGGAGGUGCGAUUUACAGAGCCAGCUGCCCCCUUGUUUAUCGACGUAGAAGGUGAUAUGCUUGAAGCACUUUUUGUGAUAUCAACGAGCAACGUGCCUGCAGGGGUAACCACGGCACAACAUCAUAGUCAAAGGUACAAUGCCAGGAAACGAGAGCGAGCACAAUCUACGUCUGAGACUCCGAGGUUCAAAAGACCAAUGAAGGCUGCUCAACCCAUAGGACCUGGGAAUGAUUAUAAUAAAUCCAGUUCUAGCUCCCGAGAAAAUUCUCAUAUGGACGGCUCAAUGCCACCUCCCUCGAUUAUACCUAACCGUGGAUCGUACAAUCUGCAGCCCCACAGUACAUCUCGUACUGCCGGCUCAUCCUCUGUAUACGAUAAACUGCGUGAAGUUAAAAAGGAACCGUUAUUUCUGCCGUCCUCCCAGAUGUCUGAGGCCAAUUUAGACGUUUUACAAUCAACUGGUCUAGGGCUUGAAAACAUGGACGCAGAAGAACUCACUGAGCUGCUUGAAGGAGAGGGCGAAGAAGUUGAUUUUUCCCAUAUAUCGCAGCAGCCUCCUGGAGAAUCCCAACACGCAGGGGGUAUCGGAGAAGGAGGCUUCGAUCACUCUAUGCAAGUCGAUCAGGAUGAUAGCUUUGAACUUGAGGGAUUGCCUGCUACCCAAGAACGAGAAAACGCGCACAAGACGUUUCAACCUCUUUUCGAUGAUUAA